AUGCUCGUUGCUAUCCAACGCCCAAAACAACCGGCGGUCGGACUGAGCAACGCCCGAAGCGUUCGGAUUCAAACCUCCUCAGUCGACAACGGUCGCAUUCAGAAUCCGGUCCCGUCACUCUUGGUAUCGAAUCUGCGACGCCUCGCAGCCGACCAUGCAGCACUGCAUGAAGACCUCCCCCCAAAUUAUCUCUUUCCUCCUGAAGAUGCGCAAUCAGACGACAUAACCCAGCUUACAACUCUGUUGGCCGGUCCACAGGGUACACCAUACUCUCAAGGCCUGUGGCGAUUACAUCUGAAGUUGCCAGAAGAUUAUCCCAAGAGUCCGCCAAAAGCUACGUUCAAGACGCGGAUAUGGCAUCCGAAUGUGGAGGAGUCAACGGGUGCGGUGUGCGUGGAUACUCUGAAGCGGGAUUGGAAAUCGACGUUGACAUUAAAGGAUGUAUUAAUUACUAUUUCCUGCCUUCUUAUAUUUCCGAACCCGGACUCGGCGCUAAACGCGACUGCUGGUGCCCUGCUCCAGGAGAACUACGAUGCCUUUGCUCGGCAAGCCAAGCUGAUGACAUCUAUACACGCCCCUAUCCCAGCUGAGAUGCGAACCGAAGUAAUGGAGGCAAAAAUGCGAGGAGAGGAUUCAGGGGCCGUGGUCCUCGAACAAGAGGAGGAAAUAACACGCUCCCUGCGCCCUCAAGGGAAAAAAAAAAUGCAAUCCGUCAUGAUGAAGAGAUCCACACGGAAAGAUACCGGUGGACCUCAAUCCCGGGACUCAGAGAACACGCGACUACACCAUGAUCACCCAGACCAACCAGAUCAACAUUACGAAUUUCUCUCCGACAAUGAAAACGAAGUCCUAUCCUGCGCAUCCAAAGAAAACGACCCAUCCCUCUCCCCAUCCCCGGUCAAAUUUGCGCCGCUACUCAGCCCUAGGAAAAAUGCCUAUGGGAAACGCCCACUUUCCGUCCUUACACCGUCCGCCGUGGAUAUAGACCCCUUUGUCUCUAUGGAACCAGAGGAAAUGCAGCUAGAUAAGUCGGACAAACAUCAUGACCGCCUCAGAGCGCAACAUUGCCGCAAACUCAACGUCUCCCACCGAGGUCCUAAUUCCAAUCUUAUGCGCGGAGAACCUUCGGGCAUCGACUUUGACUUGAAAAUCUACGAGGAUGCAAACCCAAACCCGCUUCGUCCUUUCAGAAACUCGUCUUCUUCACAACGUCCUCUUCUGGAGCUUGACUUCGACCCGGCUAUACCUCAGUCACACCACGUCGGACAUGCUCACCCUAUCACCGUCCUCCCCCCUUCACCGUCGGUCUCUCCAAAUCCGAGUCUGUUGAAAAAGCCCGUUUCUGAGACUCGCAAGGUCUCAGGGCCGGGCUCGAAGAAGGUAAAACCGCGCAUUGGUAUCCGUCGGCUUUGA